AGAUUCGGCGCAUGCGCGUCGCGGGGUCCCGAAGGCGUUGCCGGGAAACCUUCCGCCUAGAGCUGCGGUGGGACCGGCGGACAUGGCGGCGGCGCGGCUGGCCGCAGCCUUGCUGCUACUCGCGGCCCAGGCGGCCUGUGAGUUUGGCGUGCUGCGAGUGGUGUCCCAAACCAGUAGGACCCGGGGCAGGGACUACUGCAUCCUCUACAAUCCACAGUGGGCCCACUUGCCACAUGACCUCAACAAAGUUUCUCUCCUGAAGCUUCGAGACUUGAGCGCCACCCAACUCUGUUCCUACCUUGACGUCCCUGCAGAAGACUUCACCAACCAAAUCGCACUGGUGGCCCGGGGCAACUGUACCUUCUACGAGAAAGUGCGGCUGGCCCAGGGCAGUGGAGCACAUGGGCUGCUGAUAGUCAGCAAGGAGAAGCUGGUCCCUCCAGGAGGCAACAAGACACAGUAUGAGGAGAUAAGUAUCCCCGUGGCCCUGCUAAGCCACAGGGACCUUCGAGACAUCUUCAGGCGCUUUGGACAUGAGGUAAUGGUGGCACUGUAUGCUCCGAACGAGCCGGUGAUGGACUACAACAUGGUCAUCAUCUUCAUCAUGGCCGUGGGCACUGUCGCCGUCGGUGGCUACUGGGCCGGCAGUCAUGAUGUGAAGAAAAGGUACAUGAAGCAUAAGCGAGACGAUGGUCCUGAGAAACAGGAGGAUGAGGCGGUGGACGUGACGCCGGUCAUGAUCUGCGUGUUUGUUGUCAUGUGCUGCUUCAUGCUUGUGCUUCUCUACUACUUCUAUGACCGCCUGGUCUACGUGAUCAUUGGGAUCUUCUGCCUGGCCUCCUCCACUGGUCUCUACAGCUGUCUGGCACCCUGUGUGCGCAAGCUGCCCUUCUGCUUGUGCAGGGUUCCCGACAACAACCUGCCGUACUUCCACAAGCGCCCACAGGCCCGCAUGCUGCUGCUGGCACUCUUCUGUGUCACUGUCUCCGUGGUGUGGGGUAUCUUCCGCAAUGAGGACCAGUGGGCGUGGGUCCUGCAAGACACCCUGGGCAUUGCCUUCUGCCUGUACAUGUUGAAGACCAUCCGCCUGCCGACCUUCAAGGCCUGCACACUGCUUCUGCUGGUGCUCUUCAUCUAUGACGUCUUCUUCGUCUUCAUCACCCCCUUCCUGACCAAGAGCGGCAACAGCAUCAUGGUGGAGGUGGCCACCGGGCCCUCGAAUUCAUCCACUCAUGAGAAGCUGCCCAUGGUGCUGAAGGUGCCCAGGCUGAACACCUCGCCACUCUCCCUGUGUGACCGGCCCUUCUCCCUCCUGGGCUUUGGAGACAUCUUGGUGCCAGGGCUGCUGGUGGCCUACUGUCACAGGUUUGAUAUCCAGGUGCAGUCCUCCAGGAUUUACUUUGUGGCCUGUACCAUUGCCUAUGGCCUGGGCCUCCUGGUGACCUUCGUGGCUCUAGUCCUCAUGCAGCGUGGCCAGCCUGCACUACUCUACCUAGUCCCUUGCACACUGCUGACCAGCUGCACUGUGGCUCUGUGGCGCCAGGAGCUGGGCGCCUUCUGGACGGGCAGCGGUUUUGCGGUGAAUACCAGUUUGCUAUGACUGCGGUGAUAGCCCCCUAAGGCCGCCAGGUCAAAAGGAUGCACCUCAGUCCCCAUGGGCCGCAACCCAGGGACCUGUGCCUCGGAAGGAUGUGGGCGCCUCCCUCUCCGAGCAGCCUCCAGGUGAAGAGCUAGCCAAGAGCCCCCUGUCCACUGAGGAGGCAGAAACCGGAGAACCUGCCAAGGAUCCUGACAGCCCUGUGGCCAAUCCCCUCAGCCCCUCAAAUGGGGACCAGGCCCAGCCGAUCCCUGUGGUAAAGCCAGGGACUUCGGCCUAGGAAGAGGAGGUGCGAGAGCUGGGCCCUCGCUGCCUUCCAUGCCACACAGAUGCCGGCCACCUGGGACCUGCAGGGGACAGGGACAGCUGCCACCUACCAGGGUGGCAGACCUGCUCAAUGUCCCUCCUAACAUGGUGCUCAGCCCUCUGAGGCCUCAAGUCCACCCUCUCUGCAGCUGCACCCCAGCCCAGCUCUGCUUUGCACCAGGCCAUGAGCUUCACUUGCUGCCACUCCAUGCAAGGCCGCUGCCUCUGGGGCUUUGCUGAUGCUCGCCCUGCGGAUGCUCCUAUGGCCACGCCUCCCUACAUAGGACUGGGCUCUCUGGGGCCAGAGCAACAACCCCAACAAGCAGGUUCCUAUGUUGGGAGCAGCCUUGAGGGGACCUAUAUGUGGGCACCCUGCCCAAGGGCCUGGGCCUACACAAGGGGCCCAAACCCCUUCAGGAGAGUCCACGCCAAGAUGGAGUUGAGAAUGUGGGCCACUGCUCCAAGCCAGCGAACGGCUCCAGCUCCAGGUUCUGUGGUGUGCGGCAUAGUGGGAGCUGGCCAGAUGUAGAUGGGUCCACAUCCCCAGCAAAUUGAUCACUUCAGACGUGAGAGUCUUCCAUGCAGUGGCCACUGCCCUCUGCCCCAGCAGUGGCUUCUGGACUGGCAUCUGUCCUCUACCUCACCAACCAGGCUCUGGACUCCAUGACAGAUCUGCCUGCAGGGAGCCCACCACACAUGCUGCAUGUCACCGAGGCAGAGGCCACGGUCCCCACACGCUGUGAUAGAACCUGGGAACCAUGGCCACCCACACUUGCAUGGAAAAGGGUGUCUGCUGCAGGGUGACAAGCAGUGACAGCUGGGGGGGUCCUCCCAGAGCUCUGGGGAUGGUAGGAGGGGGGAGGUCCCCUAGGCACCCUGUCUAACCAGAAUGGAUAGGCAGAGGAGCACUGGGGCCCAGCCACCUGCUUCUGCCAUUGGACUUGACAAGCCAUUUUGUACUGGGUGUCCAAGCAGUCCUUCCACCUCUGGGGUGGUCGGAGGUGCUCUUCGAGGUCCCGCCCAAGGGCCCUGGCUUUAGGUUGUCAGGAGAUUAAACAGCUUUUCAUACUCACA